GCACGUCGGAAUCUGUGUAAGCCUCGUUGCGCUGUGCUCAGGCCGCUGGGAAGGCUAGAGCAACCCACAGUUUUCGUCCUUCGUUCUCGGUUGUCACGCCCUUAGCGGUGCGUCUCGCCCCUGCAAAUUGAAGCCAGAAGCAUAAACUGUCAUCUUUGUGCGGUGGCCGUUGUUUAAAGUGAAGCUGAAGCUUAUAAAUGAAGUGAAAACGAGACCCGAUGUGUACGGGCGGCGGCGGUAGUGGGGUUGCGGCGGGAGGUCUGCUGCGGCCAGCUAUCCCAACUUAGCACAAAACCUAAACAACUAAGUGUCUCGUGUUGUGUUCGAUAAGAAAACCUACUGAGGAAUAUAGUUACCUAUUUAAACCUUUACAUUUUAAUUCAGUGUGUGUGAUUUUUGCUUGGAUUUUACUCUGCUGCUGCUGUGAUGUGGAGGAAGCAGCCAAGUUCGUCCACCACCAUCUACCACAACACCUAUUAUCAUGUCAGUUCUGUGCCAACAUCUCCACUUCCACAACUCGAUGGUGCGGUGACUGGCAUUAAGAUGGAGCAGUUCAGUGUCCUGGAUCCUCGUAAACAAGAGCUCCUGGAAGCACGGAUCGGAGGAGGCAGGGUAAUGGACCCCCAUUUUUUGCUUUCAUCAGAGCGUAUCGAGCAUGUGGAAAAUGUGAAAAUUGGCUCUUGUAAUACCCAAAUUACACCUCAUAGUAGUUCAAGUGCAUUAGGAAGCACACCUGUCAUGAAGGAAGAUCCUAACUCUCCUGCAUUGAGGUUAGAAUCCUCCUCAUGUGGGUCUGGUUCACAGACCCACUGUGCCCCUGUGCCAAAUAGCUUAGGCAUUGGGUAUACUGCUCAGCCCCAGGACAAUGUGCAGCUAACAUCUUUGUCAGAACCUCGUUUAGGCCCUAGUGAUUCUGCGUGUAAUUCCAAAGUUAAUUCUACGGCUGGGGCAACCCAUGGUCUUCCAGGGCAGCGGCAUCAGCAGCAACAGAAGCAGCAUCAUCUUCAUCCGAUGUAUGUGAUGGGAGCAGAAAAUCCCCCCGGCAGUCAAGAGGUAACUCAUGCCAUCCCUGAAAGUGGCUACAGAAACAUUGAGGCCUUAGGCACUGGUGUCCCACAGUGCAGUGUACCUGACAGUGAAGGCCAUCAUUCCCUUGAAGCGGUCAAGGCCCGUUUGCCUCAGCCGUAUGAUAUUCAUUCUGUCUCAUAUAAUUUUUGUGAAUCCCAGAAUAAGUGUCCUGUGGUAGGAUUGAUUGACUUGGAUCAGUCAGACAACAACCUCUCAAAGCUGCAACAAAGGAAGACAUCAAAAGCCAUGUGGUCCCUUACACCUCCCAGGGGUGGUGGCCGAGGGGGUUCCAGGGUGACUGGGGAAGUGGCGAGGUUAGGAGCCAGGGCAGACCUCCCUGCACACCUGAAUCUAGAGGCAGGGAGACUAGAGAAGGUCCACUUAGGGGGGAGUAGCCCUAGCACUCCCACAUCUACUCAGCCCCCUACUUCCAUGUCCUCAGGGUCAGGGACUCAGUCAUUGAUAUUUGAGAGGCAAGACUCCAACUUAAGCACCGGCUCAUCUGAUCGGGAAGAAAGCACUAGUCCUGAAAAAGCUCAGCAGCGAACACCUUCUGACCGAAAAAGAAAAAGGAAAAGUACCAAUUCUAACCAAGGGCAGAGUGAUGAAGGUGGAGGGGGUGCAGCCCCUAAGAUGAGUAGAGCGUCAGAUUCAAAGAAAAUCAACGAAUAUUUUAAUAAACAAACCACACCCUUAACGACUAAUUCACCCCACAGACAUUCUGGCGCGAAAAGUCCAUCCCCUCAAACACAUUUGGGCCAUAUGACUGGUCAUAGUGGUGGUCUAGGCGAUCCACUUGUAGGGCUUAUGCCCCCUCCUCGAGGUGUGCCAGUGACCCACCGUGCUACCCAAAGUGAUAUUACGUAUCGUCAGGUUGAUGAGAUGGAGAGUAGGGCGUCUAUGGAUAUGGAGGCAAAGAAUUCAAGAAUUGAUAAUUUGCAAUGUACAAAUGAAGAAUUAUCGAGACAGCUCCAAAGUCAGAGUAAACUAAUUGAACAAAAACAGUUGCAAAUAAAUAAAUGUAUAGAAGUUGUUAAAAAACUUUUAAUAGAAAAAAGCAAUAUAGAGAAAAAAGAAGCGAGACAGAAAUGUAUGCAAAAUCGGUUAAGGCUUGGCCAGUUUGUUACGCAAAGAGUUGGAGCAACGUUUCAAGAAAAUUGGCAAGAUGGUUAUGCCUUCCAGGAAAUCACAAAACGGCAAGAGGAACUACAGUCCGAGAGAGAGGAGAUAGAUCGGCAAAGAAAGCUCCUCUUGAAAAGGAAACCUAAUGAGUCGGGUAGCAACACGCGAAAACGGGGCUCAAAUAGUCAAAACCAGUCUUUAAAUCUUCCAAAUGGUCUUGGAGACCAUGAUCACCGGGACCUGACUAUUCAAGAGUAUUAUGAAUCUGAAGAAAUAUUGAAGUUAAGGCAAACAGCACUUAAAAAAGAGGACACAGACCUUCAGCAGGAAAUGGAGAAACUAGAGAGAGCGAGAAAUUUACACAUUAGGGAACUUAAAAGGAUCCAUAACGAGGAUCAGUCCAGAAUUCUUCAAUCCCAGUCUUCUCCACGCAAUCCUCAUGACAUGAGGUGGUUUGGUGGUAUCAGCCAAGCUGCCAGAUGCUUGCAUCUUUCUAAACCCCUGACAGAGUUCAACAACCAUCCUGUGCUUAACGACCGAUAUCUCUUGCUCAUGCUACUAGGCAAAGGGGGAUUUUCAGAGGUUCACAAGGCCUUUGAUCUAAAAGAACAGCGAUACGUAGCUUGUAAAGUCCAUCAGUUAAAUAAGGAAUGGAAAGACGAUAAAAAAGCUAACUAUAUCAAACAUGCUAUUAGAGAAUAUAACAUUCAAAAAAAGUUAAAUCAUCCGAGGAUAGUCAAAUUAUACGACGUAUUUGAAAUUGAUGCCAAUAGUUUUUGUACAGUUCUUGAAUAUUGUGAUGGGCAUGACCUUGACUUCUACCUGAAACAGCACAAGACAAUUCCCGAGCGAGAAGCUAGGUCGGUAAUUAUGCAGGUGGUAUCUGCGCUGAAGUACCUGAAUGAAAUAAAACCUCCAAUCAUUCAUUAUGAUUUAAAACCAGGGAACAUCUUAUUAACUGACGGUAAUAUCCUAGGUGAGGUCAAGAUCACAGAUUUUGGCCUUUCAAAAGUAAUGGAUGAAGAUAGUUACCAUCCUGAUUAUGGGAUGGACCUCACUUCUCAGGGCGCCGGUACCUAUUGGUACCUGCCACCAGAGUGCUUCAUAGUCGGCAAGACGCCACCCAAGAUUUCUAGUAAAGUUGAUGUAUGGUCGGUUGGAGUUAUUUUCUACCAGUGCCUAUAUGGGAAAAAGCCCUUUGGUCACAACCAAAGUCAGGCUACGAUUCUCGAAGAAAACACCAUAUUGAAAGCCACUGAUGUGGCUUUCCCUCCUAAACCUGUCGUCAGCAAUGAGGCCAAACAAUUUAUAAGAUGUUGUCUGGCGUAUCGUAAGGAAGAUCGGAAUGAUGUUCUUACCUUGUCUUCGAAUCCUUACUUGUCUCCACCACUUCCGAAAAGCGGUCGUCAGUCGGCUAACAGUCAGCAGCAGGCAGCAGCCGCAGCAUCGGCUGUAGCCCAGGCUGCUGCCGCUCAACAGCAGCAACAGGCAGGCCUACCUUUCUCAACAGGUUUGCUAGGCCUUGGGAACUUACACUCUUCAACCAGUUCAUAAUGAAACGUUCCUCACUGUAGGGGGCACGUCCAGCCCCCCCAGCAUCCCCCUGUGUCGCCGUCCCCCAAACCAUGAGAUGAAUUCUGUUUGCCCUCUUACCUUUUUUCAAGGUAAUUGCUCUUUCCUCCCCCCAUACCCGUUGUCAGAGACGCUGUGUGGUUCAUCAACCUGUUAGUGAUCUAUGAUUUGAUCAACAGCUGCUGUUCAUUUUCUCUAGCUUUCAGUUAUUCAGUUAAAUGUUAAUUUAUUCUAAACUUGUUUUCAUGACAACUGUUGAAAUUUGUAUUCCUAAUGUCUGGUUUGGAAAAACUGAAAAAUAGCUGUGAUGAAUGCAGCAGGAGAGGAGUUAUUCAAGUCCUAUAGAUGAUAAUCCCUCAUUGAAAUACCGUAUGGGUAGGGUGGCAACUUUUGACAAAUCAUGGUAAAAAGGGAGAAGGCCCCUGUGUACCAGUGAAGGGUGGAUGGGGGGUAUGAGGCUCAACACAGUUCCCGUGUUCCUACUUUUGCUGCCGGAGCUACCGACCGUCUCUGUCUGGUCCCAUGACGAGGGACUGUCAGCGCAACAGUGAAUUGUUGUGAUGGUGGUGCCGUUGGGCAGCUCUUAAGUAUAUUCCAUUUUCAAGUUUUUUCAAAAAGAGCUCUAUGCUAGUAACUAAAGCCAAAGGUGACAAUAUAUUGUAAAGUAUGCCCACCAACUUUCAUAAAAAAAAAUGUCGUGUUUUGUGAUAUUGUAGAGCAGCGAUGGUUGGUGUAGUGGGGAGAACAAAAAUAUGGACGCAGCAGAUGAGUUCGGAUGGUUACAAACAAAGAACUAUUGAUAGUGUGAUGCUCCAUUCCGAAACAUCAACCAUUGCUGGUGGUUUAGGGUUGAGUGGAAAUGAAAAUUUUCUGUUACUCCCGUAACUCUCUCUCUCGUGAGUGGCGAUGGCGAACGGGUAAGACAGUAAGUUGUCAUGAGCCACCACUGAUGUGAUAUUGCGUAGAAGGCAAAACCUCUUGUGUUUCCGGCUUAGAGGUGUGCAGGUUGUGGAGAUUUUGCAGCAGCAGCAGCAGCAACCGUUUAGCCAGAUGUGAUAUAUACAUAUAUAUAUACACUGUACAGUGUACUCUAUACCAUUCUAGGAAGAGAAACUUUAUUAAUAAAUUAAUUGUCAUCUGCUUUCCCAGACAGUAUGUGUUACUUGCAGACACUUACAUUUUGGGAUGCUGCCUUUGGAGGAGAAUGAAGCUAAAAAAAAUAAGUAAAAUUGAAGAAUGAAACUCGUAAAAACUGCAGAAAUAUCCAGACUGCAGUUCUUCAGGAAAGAAAUGUGUAAAAUUAUGGAGCAUUUUCUUCUUGAGCGUCAUGUUCCUCAAAAUCUGUUUUAUGAUUAUGAACUGUUGGAUAUUAAAAAACAGUAAUAACAAUUGUCAGAAUCUACUGAAGUGGGAAAAAAAUUCUGCUAGUUUUUGAACUGCAAAAGGUUGGUGCUACAGAUGUUUUGAGAAAAAAAUCAUAUUGUAUCAUAAUUUUCUCCUGGAGUGAAAUCCCAGGAGGAAACAAAGUUGAAAAUUCCUUCCCUCGGUGAACAACACACGCAUACAAGUAGCUACAUUUAUGUACAUUUUUACUUCAAUUCAUCUCUGGCCACAAGUGCCAUGGUUGCUCUGUGGUCACCAUGGCAACCCAGUGUUAGUUUUUGGAUCACCACAAUUGAUCAGUAGGAAAGGUAUGACUACCUGAGUUUUAUAUGGAAAUCAAACUUACGUUGCAUAUCUUCAGAAAAAUCCAGGUUCAUUUCUUUUAAAAAAAUAGUUUGAAUUUGUGGUGGUCAUCUGUUAAAAUUUUAAUCAAGGUUGAGAAUCCAUUUUACAUAGUCACAUUUGAGCUGAGAAGAAAAUGGAAAAUUUCUGACUUGUUUAUCAUUGUUUUUUUUUACCAUUAUAGUUUACAAAUGGUUCAGUAUACUUGCACUGUUUAUACAAUUGAAAUUUUUUUCAGUCUUAGUAAUGAGUUUUUAUUGAGUUUCUAGUUUAUGUUUUUGUGCAUGAAUAAAUUUAUAUAUUUGGGUCUGUAUUAAUGUUGUAAAUUGGAAUUGAUUUUGUAGUGAAGUAUGAAAUUUAGCUGUAAAAUUGAUUUGGGUAACAAACACCAGGUGACAAAGCAAUAGUUGGUAUUUUGGAUACCUUCUCUAGUUGUGAAAAAGUGAAGGUUAAAAUUGAAAGUCCGGUUACGAACAUAAAAACCUAGCCUGCUUAGCCUCGCAGAAGCCUCGUGUGUGUAUAUACAUACUGUAUAUAUAUAAAUAAUAUAUAUGUCUGUCUAUAUCUAUAUAUAUAUUUGGUCUGUGUUUUAAGGCUACUUAAGAACAUUUAAUUCUUGUGGCUGUCUCUCCUACACUUCCCCUUUUGCCUUCAUAAAGAAUGACAGCUUUACUAAAAUGGGUUGAAGAUUGUCUCUCACCAAGUCAGGUUAAGGUUUAGUUGUUUAUCCCAUUACAAGUUUUGGAGUCAUAAAAUAUAUAACAUUAACAAGCAAAGUGAAGUAGAGAAAUAUAGAGUAUGGCCUUAAUAUUAACAUAAAGUUCUGUACGUCACACUGAGCGUUCUUAUCCAUAUAAAGUAUACUGGAAGCAAAUCCAUGUAGGGUAUUACGAUAUUUAUUGGAAUCAGUGGUUUUUUUAACUGAUUCACUUGACAUGAUUUAUGGCACAGUACUUCAAAAGUAACGUUAAUACUCUUAGUUUGUUUUUAAACUAAGCCAUUUGGCAUUUUUGGUUUUAUUAUGAAUAGAGAUUUUUAAACUAAACCAGUUGGCAUUUUUGGUUUUAUUAUGAAAAAAUAUAGAUGGUGGUUAUUAUUGCUGGGAUAGCUAGACUGUUCUUGAUGGUGAAUGACAAUUGGAAGUGCCCCAUUAUUGUGAAAGUUGCAUUUGAAAGGCUCUUGACCAUUGGGUUCCCUUUACUAUUUAUAUGUUGCAAAUUUUAGAAUAUUGGGUGGACUACAUCUCAUGGAAAUCCAGAGGUGGUUGCGCAGGGGUUUGGGAGAUCUGGUGAUUUGGCCAUUCUGCAUGUGUAGGUUAUGCAGAUAUUAAUCUAUAUGGAAGUGUACUCUUGGAUAUUAUUAUUUACCCCAUUGUACUGUACUGUAUAUAGGACUAUUUCAGUCUGGGACGUUGAGUGACAGGCGCAUGCCACUUCAUUUGCUUUGUUGUGGUAAAGAACUGAGUCUUCCAUUUCAGAGGAGUUACGUGGAAUCUGUUAAGUUUGCAAAGAACGUUGCUGUUAUAAAAAGGUUUCUAUUUCCUAGGAAGAUAGUUUCAAGAUUAGAAAUGUUUCAUUGAAAAUUUUUCUGUAUUGAUUUUUUUUCUCCCAACUUGCAAUUUUUGUUUUGUACAUAUACUAUUCAAUAAUUCAAUAUUUGUUUUAUUGCUAACCAAAUUAAAUUUUACAUUAAACCAAUACUUAUGGAAAUAGUGGAGUCAAGUGAAAAAAAAAAUAAAAAGGAAAUCUGGUGAGAGCAGUACAUUUAUGGUUUGAAUGAAGGGCUUCAUGUUUUAAAAGUUUUUUUUUUUUAUUUAAAUUGUAGAAUCUUACCCUUGGUUAAGGAACUUAUAGCAGUACUACAUAGUAAAUUCUGCCAUUCCUCACAGGGGUUGGUAACAUGCAGGUAAUAAGGAGGUUCAGGCACUGGUGAAAAUUAAUAUUCGAACUUUGAGAUGUGCUGAAAGUUACAGUAUAUGAAUUAGUUUCCUUAUAACAAUUAUUAUCUAGUCAGUACAGUUGCUGUGGCUUUGGUUACAAUCUUUUUCUUUACUAUUACAACUUACCUGUCUACUUCUCUCUGUUAGAUUGAAGAGAAUUUGGUUCAUGGGAAGUUAACAUGAAUUUAUUAGGUACGUAAUCCCUUUUCUAGGUAAUAGCAAGGGAAACUGUACUGGGGUUACAGUACUAGUUUAGUCACAAGAUAUUAAAUUUGUUUCCAAAUUAAAAAUACUGAUCCUUUUUGUGCCUAUCUGUUUUGUGUAUACAUAUAUAUAUGUACACACUAUUUAAGCCAUUUCUCAUGCAUACUAAGAAUUUUUAUAGUUGCUUAUCAUUUAACAUAAUUUAUGGCACUUUUAAGGAUGUCACAGAGCCUCAAUAUAUGAACUUUUACUACAAGUAAAUUCCUACAUUAUAAUCUUUGUAAUUUCUAAUUGAAUUUAGGUGUCUAUAGCAAUUUCUUAUCAAAUUUAGUCUACGUAUUUACAUUUUUAAUCUUGCAAAAACUACCUCGUCAGCAUCCCCUACAUUUUGUGCCUUCUGUUGGAACUGAUUUGUACCUACCUUAAAAUAUGUUGUAUCCACCAUUAGUUCCAACUUGAGGUAACUGUAAUUUAGUGUUUCUAAGAACAACAAAAUUCUUUUACUUUACUACCCUCCAGCUGCUUUAAUUACCUCAGGACUUUUUACCCUCAUGCUGUUUGUGCAGUUCAUGUUAAAGCAGCACAAGUGUAGUCCUAAGACUUGUCAAAAAGAAUUUGCCACUAUCUUUUUUCUUUGCCUCUUCUUUGAAGCCAGGUGAUACUCACUUGUACUGGUGUGGAUUUUGUUAUGACGUUUAUGUGAUGGUGAUACUUUUUCCUUCUUGCCUCCUCAUUGACGAACAUAUCAAGUAUAGCAGACAUAUUUCUCUUUAGUUUGUUUUAAGGACAAAGCAGUGGUAAAGCUUCACUAGGAAAAUUUGAACGAUUUAGGAUGUACAGUAAUGGCAUAAUUAAUCUGAGGGAAUCUUGUCAGAAUCUGAAACCAGUCAGGGAUGUUCCAUUGUCUUCUUCAGCUCACUCCGGUGUCGUCUUAUUUUUUUUUAUUGAUUUUUUUUUCUUUAGGAUUUUUAUUAUAAGAUUGGUAAGUUGCAGGCAAUGUGAUAGUUAUGCUCUAUACAUGUAAAAUUCUAUAAUGUUAUGUAUAAUGUAAUAAGAUACAUGAAUAAAAGUACUCAGCCAUUUUAUGGCUGAUUUAAUCCUUGGAGUAUA